AUGAACUGAACGACAACAAAGAACAGUUUAACUGUGUUGGACUUUAAAAGAGCAAAAAUGUUCAAUGAUAUUUAUGAUGAUGUGAUCAGGAGUGAGUCUGAGGGAAUGAACAGAGAGAGACUGGAGAUGACGGUGGAUAUCUAUGAGAGUGCAGAUUGUGUGAGAGAUCAUGACUUAGUGACAGAAACCAACACACAUCAACCACCUCAGCAAACAGGAAGUGAUUCAGCGAAGACCAGAAGCUCCAGAGCAGCUGUAGUGUGUUUGGUGCUGCUGUGUGUUCUUCUGCUGACUGCAGUCAUAGUGCUGUGUGUCCACAUCCAUACAAACAACACAAACUACACAGAAGAGACACACCAGCUACUAGCAAAGAUCACCAACCUCACAGAAAAGAGAGACCAGCUACUAACCAAGAACACCAACCUCACAAAAGAGAGAGAUGAGCUACUAACCAAGAACACAAACUUGACAAAUGAAAGGGAUGAAUUAUUAACCAAAAAUGACAACCUAACUAAACAAAGCAAGCAGUUUAUUCAGGAGAGAAAUGAACUGGUGACGAGUCUUCAUAAAAUAGAUGGAUGGAAAUACUAUAAAUUUAGUUUUUACUUAAUUUCCUUUGAGUGGAAGAGCUGGACUGAGAGCAGAAGAUACUGUACAGAGAAAGGAGCAGAUCUGAUCAUCAUAAACGACAAAGAUGAACAACAUUUUGUCCAAAAUAGUCUUGCUACUGGAACUUAUGUCUGGAUUGGUCUGACAGACAUUGAUGUUAAAGGUGAAUGGAAAUGGGUUGAUAACAGCACACUGACCUCUGGGUUCUGGGCAUCUGGACAGCCAACUGGAGGAAGAGUAGACAACUGUGCUUUAACUUAUUCAUCAGGGUGGGAUGAUUAUCAAUGUAGUAGUACCUAUGGAUGGAUCUGUGAGAAGAGCUUUGUAAAGAAUCUCAUACCAUGACAUACAUGUAUAUUCAGAGUAUGUCAACAUUUUGACAUGAAUAAGUGUAUUAACGUGUAGUGCUGUUUAUCGAGGUCAAUACUUUUUAGGUGCCGAUCAAAAAACCUUGUCGUUCGGUACCAAACUUCGACACCUAAGGGGUUAAUCUCAUCAACGUCAGUGUGCCAACAAACCUGCAGCACUAGGUGUGUUCUACCAGAAGCGGCGCCGCGCAGAUCGGCAGCUUUCACACUGUACGCAGAAUGCGCAGCGGCAAAAGUUCAACUAAAUUGAACUUUGAGCACGGCUUGCACGCCAGCUGCGCGUGCGCUUUGGUCGAUGCAGCAACAAACCCUCCUCACGCAGCACAUCCAUGAGAGCGAUCCGAAAGCAUAUCAAGCAGUCUGCUCUCUAUAGCUCUCUUGGUCCUGUGCAGAGCCGUGACAAAGUUGAACACAUCUGUUAGUUUACACUGGUCACACUCAGAGAUGUGGCUCACAUGUGACGCUGUAGCAUCAAAGCAUUAACAUACAACCCCCUUAGAUGUAAAGCUACGUUUACACUGGUGCGUUUUUGUUUAAAAAAUGAUCCUCAUCCAUACUGGCAUUUCAGAAAAGUUAUCUGUCCAUACUACACGACUGAAAGUGUGCGUUACGUGAUCAUUCACGAACACUGUAGCAUGAUGCUACAUAAGACAAUAAAUAAGAUUUAUAUUCCGCUUUUACUCAAAACUCAUUUUAAACCACCAGCGAGUGUUUGUAAUAACUUCCGUUUGCCGUCGAAUGUGUGAUUUGGCAAUGUAAUGUUGUUGAAAUAUGUUGUGCUCUGAGUCAGAACAGUGAUUGCAGAAGAGAGAAGGCAUAUAACGUUAUACAUACCGGCAGACAGCGCUGGAAGGUGCUAGUGCUUGUCAGUAAAUUAGUGGAAAAUGAAUAGAAAUUAUGAUUCUGUCUGAGGUAUGCAUUUUAAAAUGAACAUG